UUUUUAAGUUUUGUUUGACACGAUGAAAGGUUUGUUUGUUCGGUUGUUUUCAAUUCUGUUCGUCCUUUUUCUGUCGACUGCCUCGUUAUCCAGAGCUUGCGUUUCUAAGAAAGGAGUAGAAGUUAGUUUUGCAUUCACAGGUAGCAGCACUGUGGAAUGGAGCUUUUACAAUCCUACCAAUGCAACUCAGUCCGUUGCGUUGGUUCGUGGUGCAACUGGAAGUGGUGGAACUGUGAGUCCCUACGUAUUUGGAGACGCUUACUAUCCUGCCUAUUCGGUAGAUGGAUUAGCUGAAUUUUAUGCGGAACCAACUGCAUCCAAUACGCAGGAUAAAGAGACUCCUUUGGUUCUUAUGGAAUAUGAAUCUAAUCAGUAUGGCGUCGGUUUUGUGUUUAUUCUGUCUCCCGGUCGUAAUUUCACUAUUUUGGAAGGAGGAUACACUAACCUAACUCCUACAUGCGCUGCAGUCGUUGACAUAGAAUACAGGGACACUGCGGUGGUUAAUAUCGAUUAUGGGUUUUUGAGCCAGUGUUUGGAAUUUUCGUUCAUUUGUCAGCCGGAUCCUUUCAAUGUUACUACUGCAGUUUACGAACCAGUUUACGAAGAUUUGCUGAAUAGCGGCUAUUUCUGGCCUUCCGAUGGCGACUCCUAUACCAUUUAUAGUUCAACUACUCCUGUUCCAACUCCAUCACCUACACCCUCACCUUCUCCGACACCCAAUCCUCAGAAAGGCUCAGUAUUUGCUCCAAGCACAGUAGGAACGUAUGACUAUCAAAAUGGAGCUACUACGAAAAACGUGACCAUUGUUUCCUGCCCCAGUGGUUCUUUCGUUUCGAAUGUAGAGACUCUAUUAUCAGAUUCUAAUGUGGAAGGUUAUCGUCUGCAUUGUAGUGAUGGAUCUGUUUCUGGUGUGAUAGGACAUUCAGGUCUUUACAGCAAUAUUUCGUCUUGUUUGCAUGGAGUAAGAGGUAUGGGUGGAAAAGCUCAUACAGUUUAUCCUUCCAGUGUUGCUGCUUAUUAUCCGGAGAUUUGGACAUCUCAAGUGUAUUGCGGAGAUGGUAACUAUAGCAGCUUGACGUCCCAUACUCAACAAUUUGACACUAUGGAUUACAGCAUUUGUCCCUUUGGUACGAGAAUGGUAGGCGUGAAAGCAGAGAGUUACGAGUCAACUGGUGCGUUAGCGACUAUUAGACUGGAGUGUGGAUCUAGGAUGCCGCCCGGAUCGAGUGGGGGCAGUAGCGAUAGUGAAUGUAAAAGCAGCUCAAGUUCAAGAAAAGGAAUGUGGGCUCCUACGAAAGUGGGAACGUACUACUUCCAGGGAUAUGGUAUGACUUAUUCACAAGAGCUGCACCAGGAGUUUUUCUGCAAUUCGACAGAGUUUGUAACGGGCUUGAAUGCUUAUAUUCAUGACGGUUCGUUCUAUGUCCGUUUAUCUUCUUUGCAAGUGUUGUGUUCAAAAGGAACAAAGUCUCCCUUGUUUGGUUCGCAAAACACUUCGAAUGCACAACUGCAAAUGCUUGACUGUGGUCUGAGUCACGGGUUGUAUGGCAUAGGAGGAAAGAGCAAUGAGUAUUUCUAUGACGUCAGCGAAGAGUAUCCGCUAUGGGAUGUGCGUGCGUUGUGUCAGGCUGGAAAUGUGAGCUCUCUGUCUUCGCAUACUUCGCAAUACGAUGGUGGAGAAUCGUACUCUUUGUGCUCAGAUUCUGAAGUUAUGCAGGGAAUCCGAGUUUCUAUAUAUGGCGAUUUAAAUUUCAUUGGACAAAUACAGGCUUUUUGCGUUCCUCUCAACACAAGUUUAGUUAUUGCGUGAACAUUUAGUUGUGCUUUUCGGCGUCAGUUUUGUGUUUUUUUCUUUUCGUCGGUUUGCUUGCUUUGUUAGCGUUUUUGGAAUAAAGACUUGAUGGAUGUGACCAAGUUGUUUUUGGCAACUC